GAUGCAUUCACUGGAGCUAUUUAAAGUAACAUAUAUUACCUAAAGGCAUUUGUGGGCCUGUGACAACAAAAGCAUGUAAACCAGAGGCUGUAAACUGUUUUUGGCUCUCUGUGUGAUGUUUAGGGCCAAGUUUCGGUGUUGAAAUGUGAAAGGAUCUUGGGCUUUGUAGUCCCCCAAAAUUAAGCGUUGUUUAAAGUAACGGAGGGAUGUCACAUUGAACUCCAGCACCUCCACCAACGGCAGUGAACUUCCAACGGUUCCCAGUGCGACUUGGUGAUACAGUUGCACAGGCAGAGGCAUGGAAGUCGGUUUAAAUUCACUCCCGGACUCGAUCAACCCCAGCAAUUUUCCUGCAAAGCUGUGGCGUCUGGUGAACAACCCGGCCUACAACGCCAUCUGCUGGGACCACCAGGGUGAGGUAAUCGUCAUUGACCAGCAGCUGUUCGAGAAGCAGAUCCUGUCUCCAAGUGCCAUCACCGCGGGCAGCGCCGACUCCUUCAAAACCACCAACUUCUCCAGCUUUGUCCGUCAGCUCAACUUGUACGGGUUCAAGAAGGCCGACCCUCAACAGGAUCUGGACGGCAAGGAGUAUCAAAGCUUUUACAACCCCAACUUCAAGCGAGACCAGCCUGAACUCGUUGCGAGGCUGAGGAGGCUCACCGUGGACAAUAAGGCCAAGCUGCAAGCCGGUCUGAACAUAAAGUGCCGGUCCCCGAGUGGAUAUCAGCGCCUGUAUCCGGAUGGGGACGACAGAGGAACAUCUAUGAGAAGAGUUUCUUCGGGAGGCUCUUUUCUGCUGAGCCCCACAAAUCAAAAGGCCACUCCUCCUUACUAUCCAAGUAAAACCCAAGCCUACACUGGGACCCCCAUCCCACCACGAUUCCUGAUGAGGACUGCGGCUCUUCCUUCUGCUUUGUUUUCCUCAGGCAAAGAGCUACCAGUACCCUUAAACCGCCCUUACACUGGAGUAAACUCAAGCUCCAAUGCUGUGCACAUUCAGCAGAAUUUCCUGGCCCACGCAAACCAUGGAAGUCCAAAUUUCACCAGUUAUAGUCCUUGUAAUGCUCAGUACCAGCCUGGCUACUAUUCCCCACUUGGUCAUUGCUACCAUCCCAACCUUGUGGCCCCUCAUAUGGCAGGUGGUGGCCUUCAGACAGGCUUAUUCUCGCCUCAGAGUUAUUAUCAGGCAGGAUAUCCUGUCGGUAUGUUGUGUUUCCAAGACAAUAACCAAUGCCUGCAGAAAAAUGAGAAGCAGGAGGUGAAAAACUGUGAAAUCAACUUGGAGGCAGUUUUUAAGAUCGCAGAUGAGGUCAUGCAGACUCCACCCAAUACCUGCCUGGUUAAAGUUGAGCCCCAAGAUGAGGUGGUCCCUGAGCUAGAGUCUUCAUCCAACACCUGUGACAGCCCACUGUGUGACAGCAACGGUGUCAUCAGGUCUAUCCCUUUCUCUGCUGGACCCACCAUAGUGUCUGCAUCGAGUAUUGCUCCUCUAAUUCCAUACAAAGAGCAGUGUGUGGAGUCUGUACCAGAGGAAAUGCCUGAGGAUGCUAUCAUUGAGGUUACCACAGAUGAUGAGAGGGAUAUUGUACCCGUUACAGUUGGUGAUACUUCCAGUGAUUCCAGUCUGAAAUUAUAACAGCAGCUGCACAGGAAAUACACCAACUCUUUAGAUCUCAGCUUGUUGGUUUGAUUGGCAUGUGACAGGGAGCCUUGAGUCAAUCCAGGAUGUGAGCUUAAGCUCUUACUAUUACCAUACUUGAGUCUCGAAUUGGAAAGAUGAUUUAUUGUGUGAAUGCUUGUUGCUUUGUUCUCUUUUAAAUCUUAUUACAAAGUCUUUUGCAGAAGUACAUAUAUGUUGUACAUUGUACGUAGUUGUACCGUAAUGUUUUCUCCUCUUAUUUUACACAUCCAUUGUAAUUAACACUGAUGCUUUUAUUUCUGUAAAAUUUUAAAUUACAUUUUUAAAACAAGUAUGCUUUAUGUAACUGUAUAAAGCAUGCAUAUUUACGUACAUGAUUUUGUGAAAUAGUUUUACCAGAUUGUAAUGUUAUUUUCAAAGAACUGAAAGAGAAAAAUAAGUCUUGUAAACCAUAAAUUGGUAUUGGAGUGCUUAAAAAGGACUCAAAUUAUUUUAUGAGGGAGAAACACUUUGUCUACUGAUUGCUUGCUUUAUUGUAGUGAUGGUGUUUUCCCUACCUUUUUAUUUUCACUAUUGAUGUACUUUUUAAAAUAUGUAACUAGAAUUUUAAAUAAACGUGAUUACAGUUUA